CCAAGCAAACCAAUUUAAAAAAGGAAAUUUUUCAACUUAACAACAAUAACUUGGGGACACAUCAAAUGACCCAAAAUAGACGAAUCUCAAUGGCUAUUGGGCAUCAACACAUGGACUGUUACAAGCAAUACCACCAUCCACCACAAACGACAUUCAAAUGCAUUAAGAACGUGCAAACGAAAAGGUCUCACUUUGUUCACAAACCAACACAUGCCUUGACAAAACCACUCACAAACUGCACUUAACCAUGCAUAGAGUUCAAGUCGAAGGGAUAAACGAAUGGGCAACCUAGGUCCUCACUAGGGUAUGAUAUGACAUGCAAAACAAGAAUGAAUCACUCACUCUCUUGACCAGUGGGGUCGAGACCAUUUGGUGCAAAACAUGUGCACAAUCAUCAACACUCAGCCCUAUCAUCUCUUCACCAUGGUGGCAACCUCUAAAUGCUAGAGUUCACGAGACAGUUGUCCUCACUAGUUUGUCCGGAGGUCUUAGACAUGGGUUCAGAUGACUAGCAAUUGUCUUGGACAUGGGAAAAAGGCCUUUUGGGUGGUGGAAAACGCAACAUAAGGUCCUACAUCUUCACCCUAAAACCGAAGUUCAUAUGGCUUCAAUUAAGAACCUUCCCUACAAUCAAUGGCCACUAGAAUCGGCCAAAAACACGCUUCCCUUCUUCCAAACAAUUACCAACCACGAAAUUCAUUCAAGCACACCUCCUCAGCUAAUCUUGUUAUCCACAUUUCAAGCAUAGUAGUGAAGGAGGUCAUCUCUUCCUCGACUAAUCUUGUUAUCCACAUUGUAACAAUAAGCCAAGAGUCCUAGCUCUCUUAACCAAUAAAAUUAAGGGUUGCAAGAGCAAUCCCUUGGAACUUAAUCCGGACGUCACCCAAGUUAAAGUGCUAAAUCAAAGUUUGAGGUUUGCCCUAAUUUUCCCUAGGUGGGUGACUCAAUUGGUCAAGGAAUCCAGCCUAUCAAAGCCUCCUAACAAAAAGGGGAAUUCCCUCUACCAUGGUCAAACUGGCAUAGUAAUGAGAAAUGAAGAACACAACCCAAACUUCAUGAAAAUACCUCAAACUUUGCAUUAAACACAAACCCACACACAAAGAGUUCAAUUAAUACAAUCUAUCACAUAUUUCAAGCUAGGGUUCACAACACCCAAGAGAAUAUGUUACACCCCGCUCUUCCCAAAAGUCAAAAUGACUAUUAUACCCUUGGGGAAAUUUGUAAAAUUCCACCAUAAAAUCGAUGGGGACUAAAAAUGUGAACUCUCGGUCCAAACGAGGUGGAGUUUCGACAUAACAUGAGGAAGUUAUGGACGUUAACUGAGUUUUGGAUUAAACUCACACGUAAUUGUGAGAUUCCCAAAAUAUCCUCAAAUUAAUCAAACCCUAAGAACUUUACUCUGCCUCGCCCUAAUAGCAAUUCGCAGCCUUUACUUUUCCACCCACAAGCAACUUGGCAAAAGCGGCCGCCCCUUCAACUCCAACUCGUCCACCACAUCCCUUCUACUAAGAAACCUGCUUGCUUAGGUCGAGAUUGUAGCCACCAUCCCUUGCUGAUUCUCUUCUGAUACCUACACGAGGGCGAGUCAUUCAGUAUCCUUGGCACUCUAACCGACAGGAGGAGACCGCCGGCGCAACCAGGAGCGAGGCCGGGACUUAUGCGAGGUCGGAACGAUACUGUCUACUAUGAGAGUUGCUUCCUCCUCUCUCCUUGUUGUUGCUAUCGCCGCCCUACGGUGGCUGGGGAUAAUCUCCUCGUCAUUGUUGGACGAUGUGGGUGGACAGGCAGUUUCGCUCGAGAAGUCAAGGAAAAAGCGCCGCGCCAUCGGAGAAGGGAGCAAGCUCUUGUCGUGGUAAUGGGUAUUGUUAUCUCCGCUGUGGACUAUCGGAAGCUCCCUCCUACUACGAGAGUUUCUUGCUUAAGCAGGAGGCGAUGCUCUUACGGGGAAUUAAAAUCAAAAGCAUCUACUCUCUCUACUACGAAAGGUGCUAGCUUAAGCAAGCAGGAGGCUCCUGGGAAAUUAGAACCAAAGCGGCGCUACCUACUCCGUCUAUUACGAGAGCUUAAGCAAGCCUAGGCUCCUGGGAAAUUAAAAUCAGAGCGGUGCUAGCGAUUUUUCAUCUGCUUGCGAAGCCACGCCGUAAUCACCCCCACACAGGCAAGCAGGACCAUUAUUCAUUAAGCAUGCAGGAGGCCAUGAUUAAGCAAGCAGGAGGUGUCACUUAACAAAGCAUUAGGUGGCUUGAUCUCUGCACACGGACGGACGACGAGGGGUUGUUAUUGCGAGCGGCGGCCAAUAACGACCAAAGCAAGCUGGUCCAACCAAGUACGAGGGUAAUAUUGGAAGCGAGUAUGGAAACUUUGGAACAAAAUCAUAACCAGUUCUGACGGAAGUAAGGUGAGUGUAAAGGGGGUAAAUUCUACGCCUUACGUAUUCUUUUAAGUAUUAUGAUUUUAAGUAUUUUAGCGAAUUGGUUACCGUUGCUUGGUUAUGUUUAUGAUUUAUUAUUUGUACUUUUCUUGAGCUAUGAUUUGAGGUGAUUUUGUUCCAUUUGAGGUGAUAUGAGGUGAUUUUGUGUUAUUUACCUUAAAGCGUGAUGUUUGAGUUAUUGUUAAAGUUUAAGAAACAAGUUCUUUUUAAGAAGUAACUCACCUUCAAGAAGGUGAAGUCGUUUUAAGUGUUUUUAGUCACUAGCGCUAGUCCGUUGCCAUUUGAGAUUUUCAGAUAGAGCAGCAGUUAUGCUCUUGAGACUUUUAAGAUGAGUAGCAGUUAUGCUCUUGAGAAUCGUGGUGAAGAGCCACCACGAUAAGUUUAAGAUGUUAGGGGAUGAAUCGUUACGACUCCCCUAACUAAGUUUAAGUUUAAGUUUAAGGAAAGCCUUGAUGGCUUCUCAUACGUAUGAGUUGGCAACCGGACUAGCUAGUGAGGGAUCCCCGUGUCAGUCAAGAAUUUAAGUGGAGAUUUGAGUUUUAAGAGUACAGUUUAAAGAGUCAAGAUUUUUAAUAGUGGAGGUACAAAACAACUUCCACUAAGUGAAGUAAAGUGAUCAAGUAUUAAUAAGAUGUUAAACGUAAGGGCGUAGACUGACCCCAUCUCACUCACCAGUUUGGCGAGCUAGAGAAGGAGCUAGAGGAGUAGUUAGUGAGCAGCAAGUUCGAGGGCAGACAGCUAGAGAAGGGCAGUGUAAGCGUCACGGAGGAUGCCUAGUUAAGAUUUUCGGUAGCAGCAACGACAGAGACUACCGGGUUAUUUGCAUUUUAUGAUUAUGAGUAUAGACUGGAGAUCAGAUUGAGAUUUUAAAGUUUGAGUUUAAUUUUCCCACAUGUUAGGGCUUUCCUUUGAACUACAAGUGUGGGUUUUCAGUAUUUUAUUUGUGAAAGUUUUUCCCGCUGCAAUUUAAGAUUUGAGUAUUUUAUUUAUCAAGGGCAUUUUAGUAAAAGUAGUACUCGGGCAGGUUAGGGUGUUACAGAAUAGGUAGGCUAUUUUAUACCUAGGCAAAGGAAAACAAGAUAAAGGAGAGAAAGAACCAUGAAGAGAUAACAAUCUUCCUUCCUCCUUGAUUGAAUCUCACUUGAGAGGUAAGAAUCUUCACUCCUCUAGCUAAGGGCAAGCCCAAUCUCCUUCUUCCUCCUUUGAACAUCACUUUCUCUCUCUAGAAUACGAAGAGGAAGCCCUAAUCUCUCACUAGAAACCCUAAUUUAUUCUAAAAACUAAAACCCUAAUGAAAGCUCCCCCUUCUUUCUCCUUAAGCUCAACUCCCCUUUUAUACCCAGGUCGGCUCAAAUCACGGUCCCAGUUCACGACCGUGAACUCAAGGCGGGUGUAACACCCUAACCCGGCCGGGUACUACUUUUACUAAAAUACCCUUGAUAAAUCGUAAACCCAAAUAAGAACUGAAAAGAGUUGGAAAAAUAGCAAAAGCUUUUCAUAAAAACUUUAACGUUUG